UCCGCCGUUGCUGGCACAUUUCCCACACCGACGAUCUGCACGUCUCUUUGACCAAACAUGCCAGAUCGUGGCGUCAAUCCCAUCCUCUUCACGCCCACACAUCUCACUCCUAACCCCUACGUACGACACACACCGACAUCGCAGAACGCCCGCUAAGCCGCCGCCGGCGUCGUCUAACUGAUAGCUUCCAACUGGUAACUGCUGGCUCGUGGUUUCCCAAGCGCCGCCCCUUUUUCUCACAGGCGACUCCAGCCACGAGGCUUCUUGGCCAUGGACAGCAACGGCAUAACCUCUGUUCUAAAUUUCCGUGACGUCGGCUCCACGGUGAACAGGUUUCAAGGACGGAGACUCAUCCGAGAAGGCGUCUUGUUCCGUUCAGCGAGACCGGAUGAUGCCUCUCUAGACGACAGGAAACGCCUUCGAGAGGAGCUGGGCAUCAAGGCGGUAAUAGACUUGCGCACAAAAACGGAACACGCUCAACAGGCAAGAAAGCGCAAGACCGAUCUCCAAAUCCCCGCACUGCUACAAUCCAACGCUGCACUAGCCGAGCCGGUCCAGAUCCCGGGUCUCAAGUAUCACGAUAUCAGAAUCACUGGCGGGAAAUUCGAGUGGUUCUUGGUGAGGCAGCUGUCAUGGUGGGGUUUGUGUCGCCUCGUCGUUCUCUUCCUGCUGGGUUAUCGCAACGAAGGCAUCUCUGUCCUCGCCAGCGAGGUCAUGGUGCCACGUGGCCUGGUACGCUUGGGCCUCGAUACCCUCGAUCAAUCUGGCGAAGAGAUUGCCAAGGCUCUCAGAGUCUUUCUCAAUCCGUUGACAAGGCCUACUCUGGUCCACUGCACACAGGGCAAGGACAGGACGGGAAUGAUUAUUACCCUCGUGCUGUUAGCCCUCAAUGUGCCGCUCGAGGCGAUCGAGCAUGACUACAUGCUGACAAGUGGCGCACUCGAGUCCGAAAGGGAAGAGAGGCUCACCGAGAUAAGAGAAAUUGGCCUCACGGACGACUGGUUUGAGCCGGCGCCUGACAUGAUCGUACGAACCGCUCGACAUCUCGACGAGGCCCACGGGGGAAUCGUUGGGUAUUUGGACAAGAUCGGGUUCGACCAGUAUGAUCGCCAGAAGCUCAAAGAGCUGCUGCUGUACUGAGCCCAGUCUUACGACAUGUCAACGAGUGACUUGCCUCCACCUCCAGAUCAAGUCGUUGUCGGCAGAUAUUAGUCACUAGCCAUAGUUGGUGCGCUUUGAAGCUCUUC